GUAUAUUUAUUUUCUUUAAACAUUUUUUCUUAUUUUUUUUACCAGGUGUUCCUAAAUGAAGUCUCAAGAUCUUCGCAGCUCAUCGUUUUCCAGGUCCAAGUGUUGACGCAUUUAGACCAAAAUGAAAUUGAAAACCAAAUACAGAACUGUCUCCAGAGUCCCUAUGACAAUGGGUUGUUCUCUAUAACAGCAGACGACAUAAGGAUAUGUCCCAUAUCGGUCAUUCAGUGUGCGGCCGAAGCCCAGCAGACCCUAAAAGGCCUGUUCCUGUGGCCUGACACUCUAGGAAGACAAAAUGCUACGUAUCCAUGCCCCAAAGACCCUCGGUACUCUGCAACCCGACUUUGUAAAUUGUCCCAGAAGACUCACUGGAUGGAGCCAAACCUUGAAGACUGCCCCCCAGUGGUGGAAACUAUUCCUGAUCUGGAUCAUGUUGAAGUCACUCCUGAAAAUGCAUUUGAUGUGUUGAAGAUGAUUAAGGAUUUAAUGAGAAACCACUCCAGUCUCAUCUACAAAGAGCUGGUCACAGUCCUCAACAAGCUGAAGGACAUCAUCAGCGUCAGCGUUGUCACACCAGAUCUUGGCCAAGCUCUGAUCAACGCCAUUUCCAACAUACUGGAGUCAGACAGCAACCUGGGGCCGUUUACAAACACUAUUCUGAACCUCACAGAGGAGGUGGGAGACAAAAUGGUGGGUUACGAGGGCUCCUACACGCUUGGUGCUCGAGCUGUCGCUAUCUCAGUGGUGGAUGUGACUCCUGGACAGUUCAGCAGCCUGAGCUUUGGAGUUCUUUCUGAUUGGUCCAGCAACAAACCUGAGAUUUUUAUUAACAGGUAUCCAUCAGACGGCACGGUGGCUUUCAUUUCCCUGCCAUCUGUCCUGCAGAACAACUUCCCACAAAACGGCCUGAACCAGAACCAACCUAGAAUCCAGUUUCAGUUCUUUGCCAACCCACUACUCUUUAAGUAUCAGGUGAAUGAAAAGGAGCCUUUCCUCAGCACCUUUGUGGUGUCAGCCAGUGUGUCCAACGCCAGCUCACCAAUUAAAGACCUUCAUGAAGAAGUUAAAGUCAUGCUUCACCACCUGCACUCUGGCGCGCAUGGUAGACAAGUGCAGUGUGUGUACUGGAACUUCAAUAAAAACAACGGACACGGGGGCUGGGAUGAUCACGGCUGCCGAAAAUAUAACAGCACCCCCGAAUACACAACGUGUCUCUGCGAUCAUCUCACACACUUUGGAGUUCUUCUGGACGUGUCCAGGACUCAGCUGGACCCGCUCCAUGAACAGAUCCUGACUAUUAUCACAUAUGUUGGCUGCGGAGUCUCCUCCCUGUUCUUAGGAAUCACCAUUCUCACAUACAUAGCCUUUGAAAAGCUUCGUAGAGACUACCCUGCUCAGAUCCUCAUAAAUCUCUCUCUAGCCCUGCUGGGAUUGAACCUGAUGUUUCUGGUCAACUCCUGGUUGUCCUCCUGGAGUGUUUACGGUCUCUGUGUGGCAGCAGCCUCCCUGCUGCACUACUUCCUCCUAGCAUCCUUCACCUGGAUGGGAUUAGAGGCUGUCAACAUGUACUUUGCCCUGGUUAAAGUCUUCAAUGUCUAUGUUCCUUUGUAUAUCCUCAAGUUUUGUGCUCUGGGAUGGGGUAUUCCUCUGGUGAUCUGCAUCGUGGUUCUCAUUGUGGAUCGGGAUGCAUACGGUAGUUUCUCUGGGAAUGCUGAGCACACUUUCCAACCUUUGGACAACUCUGAUAACUUCUGCUGGCUUCAAGAUAAUGUGACAUAUUAUGUGUCGGUGGUUGCCUACGCUGGGUUGAUCUUUCUCUUCAACAUCGGGGUCUUUAUGGUGGUUCUGAUUCAGAUCCGCCGCAUGCGGUUCAACAGCCCGGCCGGGACCCGGAGGGGGGUGCUGCAGGACCUGAAGGGAGCUGCCAGUCUCACCUUUCUACUCGGGCUAACAUGGACUGUAGGUUUCUUUACCUGGGUACCAGCGAGGGUAGUUCUGCUGUACCUGUUUGCGGGACUCAACACCCUGCAAGGACUUUUUGUCUUCCUGUUCCACUGUCUGAUGAAGGAGAAUGUGAGAAAACAGUGGAGGGUUCAUCUUUGCUUUGGCCGAUAUCGACUGGAGGAGCACUCUGAGUGGAGCAAUUCAGCAUCAGUUCGAGUACUUGCAAAGCCCAAAGAAAAGUUUUUAAGAGCAGCGAUUCCGUCCGUCCGUUCUGUCAAGUCCAACUCCACAGACAGUACUUCGGCCUCUUCCGACUCCAGCCAGAGAGACUCAUCCUGCAGGAGGCCAAACCUCGAUCUCUUUGUGAACAGCCUGGUUCUUCCUCGAGCCCAGACCAGAGCCCCAGAUACAGAAUCUCUGAACCCGACAUCUGGAUAAACGACCAGCCACAGCAAUAAAACAACCACCCAAAGUGCUAACCUGCACACAUCCCAUCGUUUACUCGCAUCUCUUUCAGAGGCAACAGAUGUCUACAUUUAAGCAGUGCACACAGCAUCGGCUUCAUUAGCUAAUUUUUCCACAGUGCUGUUGUUGGUUUUGUUUCUGCUAAAUAUUGUAAAAGAGCCUGUAAUUUCGAAGAGAGGAGCGGUUGCAUCAGUACCAAGGAGGAGUUGGUUGCCAAGCAACUGGUGAGAGGAGCGAUGGUGACAAUGAACUGUGAAACAUUUGGUGUAAAAGAAAAAUAAUAAAAUCCAAAA